CGAGAGACGCGCCGCUGGGCUCGCACAUCGGGCCGCGUCGCGGGUGGAUUUGGGCCGCGGGGUGCCGUGGUAUAAAACGCGAGCAAUGGUGUCGCUAUGAGCCAGAACAGCACGACCUCCUCCGCCGACAACACUUUUUUCACGACAGACAUACAACAGGUGCGAGGAUGUCGAUCCGAGGAGCGCUCCUUCUGGCGCUCGGCCUGGCCGUGAUUGUGGCUCACGCCUCCGCCCACAGCUGCAACUGCGCGCGGUGCGCCGGUGUGGCUGGCAACGCCCCCAUCACCCCCGCCUACUCGGCCGACUCCUCCGAGCAGCAGACCUCCACCGCCGUCAGCACCCGCUCCUCGGCCGCCGUCCAGUGGAUCGGAGGCUCCUUCGUCUGGCCCUGCGUCUCCACCAAGAACAUCUACAAGCAGUCCAAGCGCUACGUGCCCAAGAGCGUGAUCGCCACCCGCAUGCAGAUCUACGGCACCGAGGCGUUCGUCGCCCUGCCCCGCUUCAAGGCCGGUGUGCCCGCCACCCUGGUGAAGGUCGACCUGAAGCACCGCGGCUGCCAGGCCGAGCUCACCCCCUUCCCCUGCUGGUCCGUCCAGGAGGAGGGUAACUGCGAGGCUCUCCAGUCCGUCGUCGACAUCUUCCUUGACGCCAACAACAUCCUGUGGGCUCUGGACGCCGGUAUCGUCAACACCCUGGAGCAGCCCGUGCGCCGUUGCUCCCCCAAGGUCAUGGCCUUCGACGUCAAGACCGGCAAGCUGAUCAAGAAGGUCGACCUGUCCUCCCUGACCUGCCCCGCCAGCCGUCUGCAGUACCUGGUUGUCGACUACGCCAAGGACGGCCGCAUCUUCCUGUACAUCUCCGACGCCGCCACCCGCUCCAUCAUCGUCUACGACGUGACCUCCGGCAAGGGCUACCGUCUCGUCCUCCCCAAGGCCGUCACCCUCGGCUGCGGCAAGACCGACGUCCUGUACCUCGCCCUGGCCCGCUCCGAGUGCGGCAACAACGUGCUGUUCUUCACCUACCUGUCCAGCCAGAGGCUGUUCUCCAUCAAGACCGCCUACCUGCAGUCCGGCAGCACCGCCGGCCGCGUCCACGACCACGGACCCAAGAACGGCAAGAUCGUCAUCCUGGGAACCGAUGGCGGCCAGUUCCUGUUCUUCCGUUUCGAGGGCUCGAGCGAGAUCCUGCGCUGGAACACCAACACCUGCUUCAAGAGCGACAACUUCGAGGUCGUGUACAACAGCCCCGACUGCCUGCUCGCCACCCAGGUCGCCCCCGACUACAAGAUCCAGCGCAUCCGCAUCCUGGAGAGCAACUUCCCCGACUUCAUCCUCGGCCAGGUCGGCUGCGGUGCCUACCAGGUCAUCAACGUGAUCGACAACCAGUGCCAGUGAGCUUCUCACUGAGGGUCCACGACCUGCCCAAGACUGAGCUCGCCCCUGCUGGCGGGCCGGACCUCGGUCCGUUGUUAAGUUUGUUGUUGUGUCUGUUGUGUGUGUGUGAAUGUGUGUGUGUGAGUGUGUGAAUGUGUCUCCACUGCUGCGCGCGCCGUGCGGCAGUGCCGUUACAUGAGCUAUGUAAGUGUGAAUGCGACAAAUAAUUAAGUCAAAUACAUCAGCUCGACCUACCUAAUUAA